UGGAUGCUGGGAUCCCUGGCGCUCUCCCAGGAAUCCUCAGAAUGUGAAGUUCCUCUCAAAGGCAUCUUGCAUCAGCCUGUGGAUAUAUGCCUACCACCACACCGGCCGAGGCCGAGGGACGGAGCGGCUCACAGCUGAUUCCUCUUUUGGGGUUGGGGGUGGGGGGGGCGGCACGCAGUGGAUUAUAACUCUGGUUUUCUUCUUUGCAAAACUGUGCACCCCUGGAUGAAAGUCGAUCUACAAGUAGUCUGGGAUCAGAUACUGGUGGCUUGAUUAUAAGAACCUGAAGUAAUCAAAGAGACGCAGAGGACUGCUGACUUUGAGGAUUCUACUCCAUAGAUAAUGCUCUGCCCCCAUUGAUGCUCCAGUUCCAGCACCAUCUCCUGAGAUGAUCCUGAUUCCCAGAAUGCCCUUGGUGCUGCUUUUGCUGCUGCCUCUCUGGAGUUCCAUGAAAGCUCAGGUUAAUCCAGCUGUAUGCCGCUAUCCUCUGGGCAUGUCAGGAGGCCACAUUCCAGAUGAGGACAUCACAGCUUCCAGUCAGUGGUCGGAGUCCACAGCUGCCAAAUACGGAAGGUUGGACUCAGAAGAAGGAGAUGGAGCCUGGUGCCCUGAGAUUCCUGUGGAACCUGAUGACCUAAAGGAAUUUCUGCAGAUUGAUUUGCAUACCCUACACUUUAUCACUCUUGUGGGGACCCAGGGGCGCCAUGCUGGGGGCCAUGGCAUUGAGUUUGCACCAAUGUACAAGAUCAACUAUAGUCGGGAUGGCACUCGUUGGAUUUCUUGGAGGAAUCGGCAUGGGAAACAGGUGCUAGAUGGAAAUAGUAACCCUUAUGAUAUUUUCCUAAAGGACUUGGAGCCGCCCAUCGUGGCUAGAUUUGUUCGCUUCAUUCCAGUCACAGACCACUCCAUGAAUGUGUGCAUGAGGGUGGAGCUAUAUGGCUGUGUUUGGCUAGAUGGCUUGGUGUCUUACAAUGCUCCAGCUGGGCAGCAGUUUGUACUCCCUGGAGGCUCCAUCAUUUAUCUGAAUGAUUCUGUGUAUGAUGGAGCAGUUGGGUACAGCAUGACUGAAGGGCUGGGACAAUUGACAGACGGGGUGUCUGGCCUGGAUGAUUUCACCCAGACCCAUGAAUACCACGUGUGGCCUGGCUACGACUACGUGGGCUGGCGGAAUGAGAGUGCCACUAAUGGCUACAUUGAGAUCAUGUUUGAAUUUGACCGCAUCAGGAACUUUACUACCAUGAAGGUCCAUUGCAAUAACAUGUUUGCUAAGGGUGUGAAGAUCUUUAAGGAGGUCCAGUGCUACUUCCGCUCUGAAGCCAAUGAAUGGGAGCCGAAUGCAGUCUCCUUCCCUCUUGUCCUGGAUGAUGUCAACCCCAGUGCUCGGUUUGUCACUGUACCUCUCCACAACCGAAUGGCCAGUGCCAUCAAAUGUCAAUACCACUUUGCUGACACAUGGAUGAUGUUCAGUGAGAUCACCUUCCAGUCAGAUACGGCAAUGUAUAACAACUCUGGAGCCCUGCCCACCUCCCCCAUGGCACCUACAACCUAUGAUCCAAUGCUUAAAGUGGAUGACAGCAACACCCGGAUCCUAAUUGGCUGCUUGGUAGCAAUCAUCUUCAUCCUCCUGGCUAUCAUUGUCAUCAUCCUCUGGAGACAAUUUUGGCAGAAAAUGCUAGAGAAGGCUUCCCGCAGGAUGUUGGAUGAUGAAAUGACAGUCAGCCUUUCCCUCCCAAGCGAGUCCAGUAUGUUCAACAAUAACCGCUCCUCGUCACCAAGCGAACAGGAGUCCAACUCAACUUACGAUCGCAUCUUUCCCCUUCGCCCUGACUACCAGGAGCCAUCUAGGCUGAUAAGAAAGCUUCCAGAAUUUGCACCGGGGGAGGAAGAGCCAGGCUGCAGUAGUGUUGUGAAGCCAGUCCAACCCAGCGGACCUGAUGGGGUGCCCCACUAUGCAGAGGCUGACAUAGUGAAUCUCCAAGGAGUCACAGGAGGCAACACCUAUUCCGUGCCUGCUGUUACCAUGGAUCUCCUCUCAGGAAAAGAUGUGGCUGUGGAAGAGUUCCCCAGGAAGCUUUUGACUUUCAAGGAGAAGCUGGGAGAAGGCCAGUUUGGGGAGGUUCAUCUCUGUGAAGUGGAGGGAAUGGAAAAAUUCAAAGACAAAGAGUUUGCCCUAGAUGUCAGUGCCAACCAGCCUGUCCUGGUGGCUGUGAAAAUGCUCCGAGCAGAUGCCAACAAGAAUGCCAGGAAUGAUUUUCUUAAGGAGAUAAAAAUCAUGUCCCGGCUCAAGGACCCAAACAUCAUCCGUCUCUUAGCCGUGUGCAUCACCGACGACCCUCUCUGCAUGAUCACGGAGUACAUGGAGAAUGGAGACCUCAAUCAGUUUCUUUCCCGCCACGAGCCCCCCACCUCUUGCUCUAGCAAAGCCACCGUCAGCUAUGCUAACCUGAAGUUUAUGGCUACCCAGAUCGCCUCUGGCAUGAAGUACCUUUCUUCUCUUAAUUUCGUCCAUCGAGACCUGGCUACACGGAACUGCCUGGUGGGUAAGAACUACACCAUCAAGAUAGCUGACUUCGGAAUGAGCAGAAACCUGUAUAGUGGGGAUUACUACCGGAUCCAGGGCCGUGCGGUGCUGCCUAUCCGCUGGAUGUCUUGGGAGAGCAUUCUGCUGGGAAAAUUCACUACAGCAAGUGAUGUGUGGGCCUUUGGGGUGACUCUGUGGGAGACUUUCACCUUCUGCCAGGAGCAGCCUUAUUCCCAGCUGUCAGAUGAACAGGUUAUCGAGAAUACUGGAGAGUUUUUCCGAGACCAAGGGAGGCAGACUUACCUGCCUCAACCAGAUAUUUGCCCUGACUCUGUGUAUAAGUUGAUGCUUAGCUGCUGGAGGAGAGACACCAAGCAUCGCCCCUCCUUUCAAGAAAUUCACCUUCUGCUCCUUCAACAAGGAGAUGAAUGAUGCUGUCAAUGCCUGCCAGCGCUCUGAGGGAUCAGGUCUUUCCACAAGAUCUACCACUCACCUGCACCGAAGCCACUCCACCUGGACAUGUCAUGGACCUGAGAGAAAGAGGCUUGAUCACUGAGCUCUCUCUCUGGGUCCUUUCUCCCACUACACUCCCCCGACUCCCUACCACUGACUCAUAUGUACUUUUUUAUGUAUAUGAAAGAACCAAAACAAAAAUAUAGCCUAGGACAGAUAAAAUCUAGUGAAAGAAGUCUUACUUGAUAUACCGAGUAUUAGAUAACAAAGGCUAGGAAAUUCAGAUAAUUUAUAAAAGUGAUGAUUAUGUUUAUAACUGUGUGGAUUCUACAAUUAUUUUUCCAUGUAAACCUUUUUUUAUAAAAUAUCUUCAGAAAGAACAAAAAAAAAACCUUGAAGACUAUUAAUGUCUUGAGAAACGUGAUAUUAGACUUAGGGUGAAUACUUGGCCACCACGGUGAAUGUGAAUGUGGAGUGCAGCAACUAAUUCCUGGUUUGGCCUCCGGACGUGGCCCACUGUCUGACUUCCCUCUCCUACCAAAGUAGAUGACACAUUCUUGACAAGCUCUAAGUUCUUGAAAUGGGUACUUCAUUCAUAAGUAGGUUGAAGACUGUAUACGAAACAAUGGAAGAUAUAGGUAGGAAUGGUGGCUGGCUGCACAGUUGUAUGAAGGGCAAUUUGUCUUUUUAAGUACUUUCUGCAUGGAAGUACUUAUUUAUUGAGCAGAUAUUAGUUACAGGAAAAGAGGUCUAUGGAAGACAGGUGAUGCUAUUCAUUAUUCAUAUGCGAGGGUCCUCUUACUUGUCUUGUUCAGAUGUUUUUGUGUGCACGUGGUUAUGACAGUCUGCUUUU